CGAUCCCUCGGCCCUCCAUGGUCUCCUCAUUUUCCUGGACCGCGCUGAUCGGCUUGCACGAACGCAUCGCAUCGUAGUGUCGCGACACGACUUCCCCGAACUCUCGACGUCAUGCUGAGACCUCUACUGCUCCUGUGCUGGGCCGCGACGAUCGUGUCAGCUGGCGACCCAAAGAAUGUCACUAUCAAUGACACAAGUGUUCCUACCAACCCUGCCGGCAACAAUGCAGCUGCAACUCCUCAGUCAAGCUCUCAGCCUAUUCUGCCUGAAUCGAGUGUAGAAACAAAACCGAAUCUGGUAGCUUCGAAUAAAGAUGAGCAUGUGACAAAUGGUUCUUCCGAACCACCAAAAGUGAACGUUCCACCAGUACCGUUUUCAUCCACAAACCCACCGACUGCACCUACAACCAAGUCAACUACAACUUCAACUCCAACUACAACUGCAAAGCCUAUGCCUACCACGACCGCUGCUCCCACAACACCAGCGCCGACGACCCCGCUUCCUCCACCAAGCACCGGGAAAUGGAAAGUUGAAGAGAACAACACGUUGUGCGUUCUCGUUCAAAUGGCUGUGCAAUUCAAUGUUUCUUAUACCAAUGCUAAUAACGUGACAAUUCACAAGGCGAUGGACAUACCCAGCAACAGUACUGGAACAGGAAAGUGUGGUAAAACUGAGCAGAACCUGACUUUGUCGUGGGACUCUCAGAAUAAGACCACCCAUAAUAAUUUCACGAUUCAUUUCGUAAAGAAUGAGACGGGAAAAUAUUACUCUCUUCAUCAUUUUGAGAUCUCUUUGGCGCCCGAAGAAUUCCCGAAUGACAAAUCAAAUAAGACGGUGACUGUAGUACAUGUGGCGCCGCAAUUCAAAACUGGAUUAAGCAACUCGUAUAGAUGUAUCAAGGAACAGCAGAUGGACUUAACUCGGGAGGGUAAUAACGUAACUGUAGGGCUUCUGAAAGUAACCAAAUUACAGUUCCAAGCUUUCCGAGGUGAUAAUACUACUAUUUUUGGCCUAGCCAAGGACUGCUCGUACGACACGCCCGACAUCGUUCCCAUAACUGUGGGCUGUGCAUUGGCGGGCUUGGUGGUAAUCGUAUUGAUCGCAUACCUCGUCGGCCGCAGACGAAGUCAGGCCCGCGGUUAUCUUAGCAUGUAAGCCGAGUUUCCGUGAGGUUUCCUUCCUCUUUUUCCCCCUUUUUUUAAUCGUUAAACUGAUAUUUUUUUAUGCGAUUCUCCGUCUAAACGGAAUCGAUUGUCUUAUCGAGAAUCUAUGUAGUUGUACUUUGUGUUCUAUAGCCACGAGGGCUGUGACACACGUUAAGAAAAAAAAAUAUAUAUAUAGCUUAUACGUUUGUAAAGUUAUCGCGUCCGCGUGCGGCAAUAUAAAAAAGAAAAAAGAUACGUAUCGCAAGGCGGUUCAAAACGAUACAGGGUGGAUGAUAAUUUCGAAGCAACGUGCUCCGUUCUACAAGGGCAAAUACUCUCUAAUAAGUAUGAAUUGACAGUUAAAUCGCGAGAUCUGGAUCUACGCUGCUUCGCUCUUAACUAGCAGCGAAGAUCAUUUGAUUUUUCAUGAACAUUGUAAUAUGAAAAUAAGGAAAAUUUCUGAUCGAUAUGUAUAGUGUUAAAACCAUAAUACCCGUGUACCGAAUUCGCAGCUUCUUGGACGGGAUACGUUAUAACGCAAAGUUUUCCUUAUCUAUUCUCUUCUUUUUUUUUUUUUAAGGAAUAAUUUCCUGACUUCAAUUACCGCGAUACGAUAUACCUUUAUCACACUUAAUACGUAUAUCGAUAUGUGUUUCCGUUACAUUCGUACUCGAAUUCUUUUUAUUAAACUGUACUGUGAAGUAAUAGCAGUUGUUUAUAUAGCCCUAGGUGUGCGUGCGUGAGUGUAUCAGAAUAGUAUGAAGAAGCACGCGCUUCACCCGUUAAUGUUAAAGUUGUACUUCACUUGGAAUAAGCGCAAGCCAAACGCUUAAAUUAGACACUACAUAUAGUGCAAUCUUUUAGGUGUAAAAAAAUUAUUAGCUUACGUCAAACGAAAUAAUAAAUAAAAUAAAACGUAACAUCAAAACGUGUAACUCAACUAAUAUAAUGUGCAAAAUUUUGGAAACACUUUGUUCCCUUGAUAAGUACGUUUGGAUAUGUCCGAUUUAACGUAAACGAUAAUCCUUGGAAAAGAAAAGAGAAUAAGUGCUACUGCUUGUAGAAGCCAGCACUAAUAAUUUUUAAUGCAGGAAAUAUUUUCGCAGUUUUUACGCCGUCGUUGCUUUGUUCGAAGGCGUUUCGACCGGUUUUUAUCUAAUGUAAGAUGAUAUGCGAGGGUAAUGAAAUCUGGUGUUUGUAUUUAAAAAAGUAAACGGGAUUUCAGAAUUUAACAGGAGUUUCGCGUGUGCACCGUGCUGCUUCAUAAGUACUAUAUUAUGACAAGACUGAACGACGAGUAGUGAGAUGAAAGUGGAGGGCAAAAAGUAAAGUAAAAACAAAUUAAAGUAAACUGAAUAAAGCGCUGUACAUAAAACAAAGUAGUAAAUACUACUUUUGGAUUACGAGCAUGUAUUGCAAUUAGGCGAGACCUACAUUAUCAACAAUAAAAUGGAAUAUUUCAAGGAUA